CAGUUUGUCUGGAGGGCUCCCUACCUCGCCACCCGCGUGAUCAGUCAAGGAAGAUACGCACACUGUUGGCCUGUGUACAGGUAACGACGUGCCGGGUAGUCUGGUCUCACCACCUGUGCGGUACUGACCACAACAAGUGCGGUACUGACUUACUACCAGUGUAGUACUGACCACCACCAGUGCGGUACUGACUUACUACCUGUGCGGUACUGACCACCACUUUCACCAGCAGGAUGGUCGCGUUUGCAGCAGUUAGCCUGCUGGUGUUGCUGCCCCUGGUGUCAGUGUCCAGUCUUGCUCCGACUGUCAGCACGUUAGACAGUGUGUGUCGCAUCAUCAGCGGUUACCACUGCGACGACUACUUCCAGCUAGACCAGCAAUGUGGCACCGACGGCAUCACCUACAACAACAUGUGCGAGUUCAGCAAGGCUCACUGCCAGCUUCGCAACCUGCACAUCGCUCACACUGGGGUGUGUGAAACGGGUCACGUGGUACAGAGCACCCGAGUCCCGGGGGCCCACGGAACUUACGAGUUCUUCUGCCAGACGCUGGUCUGCGGGGACGACCGGGAGGUGGUGUGCGCCUCGAAUGGCCAUACCUACCUCAAUUUGUGCCUGUUUGAAUCGCAACGAUGUCACAAUAGCAGUUUGACGAUCGUUGACUACCAAGCCUGUCCUAGCCUCUAGUGGGUCUGCAAAACGAUAAGACCACAAUUAGCGGCGAAGCGGGUAGAGGGGUGGCUCCAGACUCGUGUCCAGCCUGACCAGCCAGUCGAGACAGACGUGACUUUCACCUUGAUCCCAGUUUGUCAAUAGUCCUACCUGGAGGCCGCAUGAUGUAGGCAUUUAUUGUAUUCUAGAAAUAAAGCAUGUGACCAGCCUUA